AUGUAUUCUGACCGUGGAGGCGUGACCAAGGCUUCGGUUAUCUUGGAGCCUGUAGGAGAGUCUCCCGGAGGCCAGGCUCCGGUUAUCUUAGAGCCUGUAGGGGAGUCUCCUGCAGGCCAGGCUCCGGUUAUCUUAGAGCCUGUAGGGGAGUCUCCUGCAGGCCAGGCUCCGGUUAUCUUAGAGCCUGUAGGAGAGUCUCCUGCAGGCCAGGCUCCGGUUAUCUUAGAGCCUGUAGGAGAGUCUCCUACAGGCCAGGCUCCGGUUAUCUUAGAGCCUGUAGGAGAGUCUCCCGGAGGCCAGGCUCCGGUUAUCUUAGAGCCUGUAGGGGAGUCUCCUGCAGGCCAGGCUCCGGUUAUCUUAGAGCCUGUAGGGGAGUCUCCUGCAGGCCAGGCUCCGGUUAUCUUAGAGCCUGUAGGAGAGUCUCCUGCAGGCCAGGCUCCGGUUAUCUUAGAGCCUGUAGGAGAGUCUCCUACAGGCCAGGCUCCGGUUAUCUUAGAGCCUGUAGGAGAGUCUCCUGCAGGCCAGGCUCCGGUUAUCUUAGAGCCUGUAGGGAAGUCUCCUGCAGGCCAGGCUCCGGUUAUCUUAGAGCCUGUAGGAGAGUCUCCUGCAGGCCAGGCUCCGGUUAUCUUAGAGCCUGUAGGAGAGUCUCCUGCAGGCCAGGCUCCGGUUAUCUUAGAGCCUGUAGGGGAGUCUCCCGGCGGUGACUUCCCUACAGGGGAGGGGGGGGGAUCUACCUUAAUAGGUUAG